AUCAUUAUCUGUUUUUUCAUUUUAGUUUUGGAGACAAAUAAUGAAGAAAACUGUUGUUUUUUCGUUUACUUAUUUUUGGUUUUGUCUUGAAAAACGAAUGAAUGAAUGAUACAGGGAUUGUGUUAACAUUCCUGCAUAUCUGAUUUGACAUUGUGCCAGAGAGUCACUGUGGGCGGAGGAAACAUGCGGUGAAAACGUGUGGACUUUCCCUGUUGGCUUCAGUGCAUCUGCAGAAACACACGCGCCUCCAGACAUGUCGUGUUUUCUGAUCUGUGGAGGGCUUUUCCUCGCGGCUGCGUACGUUUUCCACGAGAUUAUAGUGAAAGGAAAAAGAUGCACCAGCAACGUCAAACUGCACGGGAAGACGGCCAUAGUUACGGGCAGUAACACGGGGAUCGGGAAGAGGACGGCGGUGGACUUGGCCAGACGCGGCGCUCGGGUGAUCAUGGCGUGUCGGAGCAGAGAGAGAGGAGAGGCGGCCGUGUCCGACGUCAAGAAGGAGAGUGGAAGCUCAAACGUCGUCUUCAUGCCUUUGGAUUUGUCCAGUCUGAAGUCCGUCCGAGACUUCGCCGAAAACUUCCUCAAAUCCGAACCGAGACUGGACCUUCUCAUCAACAACGCAGGUGUGUACAGUGAUGGCCGCACUGAGGACGGCUUCGGGAUGAUGUUUGGCGUGAACCACUUGGGCCACUUCCUGUUGACAAACCUGCUCCUGCCUCCGCUGAAGGAGAGCGCCCCCUCCAGGGUGAUCAACGUGUCGUCUGCGGCCCACAAUGUUGGACUCAUCGACUUUGACUGUCUGAACAAACACAGGACUCUGCGUCUGGGCUCCACCACCUCAGACCUGGUGAAGAUCUACGCUGCCAGUAAACUGUGCAAUGUGCUGUUUACUCACGAACUCCACAAGAGACUUCAGGGGACCAACGUGACCUGCUUCUCUCUGCACCCAGGUGCCAUAAAUACGGAAUUCGAUCGAAACUUCCCCCUAAGCAUACUCAUCAUUUUUGGUCUGGUGAGGUGGUUCUUCUUUAAGACUCCGGAGCAGGGCUGUCAGACCACGCUGCACUGCGCUCUCCAGCCGGGACUCGAACCUCUGAGCGGACGAUACUUCUCCAACUGCACCGUCCGAAACGUGUACGCCAAAGCACGAGACGACGCCACGGCCAAGAAACUGUGGGAGCUCAGCGAGAGGAUGUGUGGACUGCAGUAGAGUUCAAUGAAAAUAUAUGUAAACAGGCUUUUCCCACAAAGUAAAACAAAAAACAACAAAAAAAACAGUGGCGGUAGAGUGGUCCCUCGUUUAUCGCAGGGGGUAAAAAUAACCCGCAAUAAAGGCUUUGCACCGUCACG